UCUUUCAAAUUAGAGCGAUGGAAGAAAUGAGUUAUGAAGAUAACUUACGCAAUGAUCUGUAUAAACUCGCCACGCAGCAGCAAUGGGAAGAAGUGAUGAGGAUAUACAAGGAAAACCCAGGGGCUCACAUUCUUAUGCUCUCCAAAUCAACGGUCACAGCUUUCCAUAUCGCCAUCUCCAGUUACAAUCCAAACAGCCCCAACCUCACCCAUGAAAGAUGCACCAUGAAAAUGUUCUCCUUCAUGAAGGAAUGGGGACAGGUAUCCGAGCUGCUGAGGUUGCCUAAUCUGAGAGGUGACACCCUUCUCCAUCUUGCCGCUGCAGUUGGAUGGGAGGCCAUGUGCAUACAAAUAGCUUCACAGGAUCCGGAGCUCAUCGAGAUCCGCAACAGUAACGGUGAGACUCCAUUGUUCAUUUCAGCUCAGCACGGCAACCUUCAGACGUUUGUCGCUCUCCAUGGCAUCUACAACCAUGGCAAGGAUAAGGUUGAUGAGUCGCUCUGUCGGAGGAACUUAGAUGGAAAUACGGUCCUGCAUUCUGCCAUUUCUGGAGAAUACUUCAGGUUAGCUUACUUUAUAUUGGGGCACUACAAGAAUCUACUCAAUUAUGUUAAUAUUGAUGGAGAAACUCCUCUUCAUGUCUUGGCCAGAAAGCCUAACUUGUUCAAAAGCAGUUCACAGCUUAGAUUCUAUGAAUCCAUUAUAUACCAUUGUGUUUGUUCAAGACCCAAGAUAAAAAAUCUCCCUUCUACUAAUGAUCAAAGGAAAGAUUAUGAUUCGUAUUCUUCCAAUUCCACUACUUGCAUUUCGAUUCUCAAAUUUGCCACAAGGGUCCUUUCAUCUCUUGGAGUUGGAUUGUCAACGAUAAGAAAGGUUCAAGAGAUGAGAGUUGGACACUCUCAUGUGAUGCAGAUGUUGGACAAAAUGAUUGAGUUCGAACCGAGUUACAAAUACGAUAGCAACGGCCAGCGCCCAAGCCAUCUCCCAGAAGCAUUCGGUGAUAUUCCGAAUCAACCUCCCAAUGUUGAAGAGCCCCAAACCGCAGAAAAUUACUCCUACAACAUAUACCAGCAGCAGACCAUAAUUAAUGAUGAUGAUGAAGUGAAGGGCACCCCACUAUUAGAAGCAGCUAAGAUGGGAAUCCUAGAAAUGGUGAAACAGAUACUCAACGCAGUGCCGGUGGCCAUCAAUGAUCGAGACUCGGACGGCAAGAAUGUGCUGAUGGUAGCAGCGGAGAACAGGCAAAUCGCCGUUUUUGAUUAUCUGAUUCAGAGAAAGCUCCCCGAAUAUGUCUUCCAUGACUUAGAUUAUCAACGAAACAGCGUCCUUCACAGCGCGGCGAUCCUGAGACAUGACCAGACAUGGAGCAUUCCUGGUGCUGCUUUGCAGAUGCAAUGGGAGAUCACAUGGUUUAAGCAUGUGACGAAAUCAAUUCCACCGCAGACUUGCCGCAACCAAAAUGCAGAGGGCGAGACUCCGAGCCAGAUCUUCACAAGAACACAUUCAAGUCUAGUCAAGUCAGGAAAAGAAUGGCUGACAAAAACCUCGGAGUUUUGCACGGUGGUUGCGGCUCUCAUCGCCACCGUUGCAUUCGCCACGUCAGGGACGGUCCCGGGCGGCUUCCACCAAACCUACGGCUACCCGAUUCUCAAGGACGAGCCGGCAUUCAAGAUUUACUCCAUUGCUUCGCUCGCUGCGCUGAGCCUGUCCAUCGCCACCCUCUUCUCCUUCUUUUCCAUCGUGAUUUCGAGAUUUGAAGAGCGCGAUUUCGAGCGAGACCUGCCGAGAAAGCUGCUGGUGGGGCUGACUUGUCUGAUUCUUUCCAAAGCUGCGAUGCUGGUCUCCUUCUACGCGGGGCAUAGUUUUAUACUGGUGGACAAGCUGAGGGUCUCUGCAACGCCGAUAUAUGUGGCUGCUUCGUUGCCUAUUAUGUUAUUCGUGAUGGCCAAGAACAUUGAUCUUGUUUUGGUUUACUACAGGAUUUUGAUGGGCCGCAGCUACAAGGUGUUCCCUCACUAGGUCAUGUGUCAUUUCUAUAACUCAUAAAUUUCUUCCCAUCUUGAUUUUUUAUAGAUAAGCAAUGAAUAAGGUUCUUCUAUAACUUUGAAUUUGUUUGUUAGAGUGGAUAUUUCACAAUGAUAAUAUUAGAGGGAGUCGUUGA